AUGACGCAUUACAUCGCACAUCAGCAUCCGCAACUCUCGAGGAAGACACAGCUCUCCUCAGAGAAAAAUACCUCUAAGGGGAGCUCGCAUAUGCUCCACCAGGUGCUAAGAAAACUGCACCAGCUAAACCACCUUCACAGAAAAAGAGAACGGGAAGUCGAGGUCGAAGCCCCUGAUUCCCCUCCUUCUAACAGGAAAAGAAUCGACCUAAUCUUCGGAGAGCUCAGCCUUUGCGGCGGCUCAACGAGAUCCGUGGUCACCCCCCCAGCCGCUCCUAGAAAGGCUACGAGCUCUAGCUCACACAGACCUCCUAGACUUGUUGGGGGGAUAGAGCAUUCUUACAGAAGCUCGCCAGUUACAUCACCUAUCUCCAGACCCGAUACUAAGAGCAUUGCGAUCUCUUGCUUACGCAGACUUCACAAGCUCUCGGGGGGAGUAGAGCCACCUACCCCUAAACGAAUUGACUUCAUUUGCGGUGGCUCGAAGAUGUGCAAAGACUCGAUUAACUCGAUCAAAGCACAUCAGCGACGGGUCGAGUCAUCUGGACAACCACGUCCUCUAGACGGACCUGAUCACGAAAUCAAAUUUCGAGAAAGCGAAACACUCGCACUCGAUAAACCUCAUGAUGAUGCACUCGUAAUCGAGCUCGCCGUAGCUGGAUUCGAGCUGACUAGAGUCAUGAUUGAUACAAGAAGCUCUGUAGAUGUGUUGUUCUACGAUGCUUUCAAACAGAUGGGAUUCGAAAACUCCGCACUCAUAGGAGGCCGUACGCCCCUAACUGGGUUCGCAGGAGAAACGACCUAUUCUAUGGGAACUAUCCAGCUCCCAAUCAAAGCAGGUGGUAUAACGAAAACAGUUGACUUUGUGGUCGUAGAUCGCCCCACGCCAUUCAAUGCCAUUCUCGGCAGGCCGUGGCUCUACACCAUGAAAGCAGUUGCAUCCACUUACCACCAAUGCGUCAAGUUCCCUACACCUUGGGGAACAAAAACAAUUCGCGGUUGCCAACGAGUUUCCCGAGAUUGCUAUAUGGGCAGCUACUUGCUAGCUGAAAAAUCGCCAGUUUGCAUCGACGAAACCGACCCCGAAAGGCGCAAUGGUAUCGGAAUCGAUCUCGCAAAACCUAUCCGUGAUGAGCUGAUCGACUGCCUAAAGGAAAACAUCAACAAAUUCGCAUGGUCCACCGCAGACAUGCCCGGGAUUGACACUAGGAUCACGUCUCACGAGCUGAACGUAGAUCCCACGUUCAAACCCAUGAAACAAAAACGUCGAAAACUCGGCCCAGAUCGGGCUAAAGCAGUAAACGACGAAGUAGACCGACUACUUGAUGCGGCAUCUAUGGGAUGA